AUGCAGCCAGACUCGAUCAUUUUCCACGAGAUCGGUUUCACUCAAUUGGGCCCAGGAGUAUUUCUUCGUUCGGCAUUCCAACCAGGUUCUCUGGCUGAACAACCCAACUCAACGCAUUCAAGCCCGGAUGUAGUCAUUAUCUGCGCUUGGGCAUUUGCCCAUGCAAAACACAUUGCGAAGUACAUUGCCGGACACCAAUCUCUCUACCCAAGGGCCAAAAUUCUCCUCAUCUACAAUUCUGUCGCGAACCUCGUCUGGAAGCCAGAUGCUUCCCAGAGGCAAUGGUUCCAGCCUGCCGUCGUCGUCCUCCACGAGUGCAUUGACUCAAACCCCGACCUAAGAGUUUUUCUUCAUUUAUUUUCCAACGGUGGCUCUCAUUCUGCAGUCCAGCUUGCGGAAGCUUGUGAACAAAGUUACCCACCGUUCAGGUUACCCAUUACAUCCAUCGUAUUCGAUUCUUGUCCAAGCAUGCCCAAGAUUAAGCCACUGGCCAAUUCGCUUGCGCUAGGAUUUCCCUCCAAGAAUAUAAUUCUCUCCACGGUAACGAGCGCCAUCGCAUACGGUAUAGUAGGGCUAUCGGUCUUUCUCGAGAAAGCAGGUCUUGUGACUCACUCAUCCACGAAACUUUACACGGCACUGAACUCGGUACACAAUGCUUUUCUUAUGUGGAGGUUUUCCGCCGGAGAAACUCAUGCCUGCCCAAUCCAGAGAACUUAUAUAUACGGUCCCGGUGAUACCAUGGUCACCGUAGACCAAGUGAUUCAGCAUGCAGAUAUUGCGAUGGCGAAUAUGUCCGCGUGUGGAGUCGACCAUGCGUCGAGGUUUGUGACGAUGGAAGAGUUUGUGGGGAGCCCACACGUGAAUCACGUCAAAUUUGAGAAGGAACGGUAUUGGAGGGUUGUUAAAGAGGCAUGGCAGAGAAGUGUUGCAAAACCUACGGAGAUGUUCGAAAUAUAUGGUAUAUGA